AGCUUGCCGCAUAAAAACGCUCUGAAAUCGAAAGCAAGCGUCCGGCUUUAACCUCAAACAGUUUUUGAUUUGAUGCAGUGUGUUUUUCCUUAGUGGAAAUUCAUCUAAGUUUAACGUUUUGAUUUCGUAUUGAUAAAUUACGAUCGACGAUGGCGUUCAAGCCGCAGAAAGUGCAGAAGGUGAUGGUGCAACCCAUCAACCUGAUCUUCAGAUACCUGCAGAACAGGUCCAGGGUGCAAGUGUGGCUGUACGAGAACAUCAAUCUGAGAAUUGAGGGUCACAUUGUCGGUUUCGAUGAGUACAUGAACCUGGUGCUCGAUGAUGCAGAGGAGUACUAUGUCAAGACCAAGACCCGCAGGCAGCUCGGCAGGAUCAUGCUCAAGGGAGAUAACAUCACACUCAUUCAAAAUGUUAACCCUUCGGCUGUGCCAAAUCCAUAAUCAGUUAAAUACCAUUUUUGUAAUUUAUAUAAGGACAUAAGUUUAAUUUCUAAGAAUAAAUUCAGUAAACUUUUUUUUUUAA